AUGACUCGAGAUCAAAAAUUCGCUCUGGUUACAGGGUGCGGUAAGGGAGGAAUUGGUGAGGCCCUCAUUCUGGAGUACACUCGCCGAGGUAUCUACGCCAUUGCCACUGUGCUUCCCACUGAGAACAGUGAUCAUCUUACGGCGGCUGGAAUUACCUGGUUUCCGCUCGAUGUGACUGAUGAACAGUCUGUGGUCGAUCUCAAGAAGAGCAUAGCUUCAGUCACUGAUGGCUAUCUGGAUUUUCUGGUAAAUAACGCUGGAAUAUGUUACACAAUGACUGCCAUCGACACCGACGUAAGUGCGGUAAAACGAAUGUUUGAUGUCAAUGUAUUUGGCCCAAUGCGUAUGGUGCAUCACUUUCAUGAUAUGCUCAUUCAGGCCACUGGAACCAUUGUUAACAUUGGAUCCAUCGGCGGCGUUGUGCCGUACAUGUACGGAGCAUCUUAUAACGCAUCCAAGGCCGCUCUUCACCAUUACUCUAAUACCUUACGUCUUGAGAUGUCACCAUUCAAUGUUAAAGUGCUUACCGUCAUCUCUGGGGAAGUUGGAACGAACAUUCUUAAAAAUGACGUCCACAGAAACUUGCCUGAAGGGUCAUACUAUUCACCUCUCGCAGUUGAGUUCAGAGAUCAUGUUCAAAGGACACCGAAGACAACAAGUCGGUUUGAAUAUGCAGAAAAUGUCGUAGCUCAGAGUCUAAAGUCGUCCCCAGCCGCAUGGUUCUGGACUGGGAGUGCUACUGGCAUCAUUAGAUUUCUGGACAUGUUCGCAUGGCGCACUAUAUGGGACUUCUUCUUCUAUCGUGAGUUUAACUUGGGAAAGGUGAAGGAUGCCUAUCUUGCAAAUCUCAAGAAGGAUAUGUAG